UGUUUAGAUACAUGCAGUAUAAAUAAUGUUGCCAAAGAGUAUGACUUUUGGCAAAAGAUACAGAAAAUUUAGUUAGUCUGAAGUAAUCUAUUCAGAAGUUGCAACAUUUUUAUGAGGAUUAGCUCCGAGCAAAUAACGUCAUAAUGGCCUACUCCUGGGAUAAUCGUGUCGAUUUUGUUGUUCGAUAUAUGUAUGAUAUUGACAACAAUGGAUUCUUGGACCAGAAUGACUUUCUUUGCAUGGCAGUUAGAGCUUGUGUCGUUGAAGGAAAGGGAGAUUGCAGCACUUCUCGAUUAGAUGACUAUAAAAAACUUAUGAAAAACUUAUGGGAGGAAAUUUCUGCGAUCGCUGAUGAUGAUAAGGAUGGAAAAAUAUCUAAUCAAGAGUUUAAGGAUGCAGUAAAAAAAACGUGUGUGGGUAAAAAAUACGAGGAAUUUCCGCAGGCAAUGAGAGCAUUUAUUGAAUCCAAUUUCAAGUUGCUUGACAUAGACAGCGAUGGAAUAGUUGGAGUGAAAGAAUACCGGUAUAACUGCAUAACUAGAGUAGCCAUUGACGAUAUAACUCCAAUUGAUAAAGCCUUCGAAACAUUGCUGAACGACGAGGAUCGGAAACGCGGAGGACUUUCAUUAGAUCGCUACAAAGAACUAUAUGGGCAGUUCUUGGGUAACACGGCCGACAACCACCCAGCAGUUAAUCUUUUUGGACCAUUAUAAAUAAUUAAUUUACAUUUAAAUGUCUUCGCUGUUGUUCAACUACUAUUUAUUAAGUUUUAUUUGUAAUUACUAUGACUUUAAACAUAUUACCAUAUAGAAAUAAUACAUUCAUAUCAUUUUGUGUAGAAUCGUCAGAUGACCAGUUCGUAAUUUUUAAAGUUUUUAAACUAGUUAAGUGCAACUGCUCUCAGAAGUUAAAAAUAGGCUAGGAUGUUGACUUGCUCUCCCAAAAUGGCUCUUUAGUUAUAAUCCUCUCUCUCAAAGCUUACAAGAUUUCGAAUAUUUGUUGCGUUGAAUAAAAGUUACAAUUUAUUGAAAUACCAA